AUGCAAGUCUUCUAUAGAUUUCGAUCUGAAAGAGACUUUAGUAAAGUGGAAACAGACAGGUCUUCAAUGCCGCUGUGGGAGCUGAAGGCAGAAAUAGCCACAAAAAGGAACCUGACCCUGCACGACUAUCACCUGAUAUUCUACGUGGAGAACGAGAAGGCCCCUAUUACAGACAACUAUGCGGUAAUAUACAGCAACAUGAAUAUUGUCAUAGAAAGAGUCCCGAACUACAUUAACGUCGGGUACAAGGAGGCGCUGGAAAAAAUGAAGCAGCCAGAAGAGGCUGCAAAGAAGCAGGAGGAGACCGCAAGCAUAUCCAUGCACAGCAUGCACGGGGCACGGGUUCCGCCAGAGUCUUAUACCUGCUUCAGGUGCGGGCAGAAAGGGCACUUUAUCCAAAUGUGCCCUACAAACAGCAACAAGCAGUACGACUCGAUGCGAAUAAAGAAGGCAACGGGAAUCCCGAAAACAUUUCUUGUUCCUGUUGAGGAGACAUCGCCCACGUCCGUCCUCCUCAACGAAGAGGGAAAGUUCGUCCGCGCACAGCCACAAACAAAGGAGUUUUCCAGGCGGUUCAAGCCUGCAGAGGAGAGGUCCAUUCCCAAGGAGUUGCAGUGCCCGCAGUGCAACAACCUGCUCGUGGAUGCUGUCAAGCUCAAGUGCAAGCACACGGUUUGCGAGUACUGCGUGCUAAACAGAUGCCCCGUCUGCAAGAAGAAGACGGCAAGCCCGAAAAUAGACACAAAAGCAAGAAGGCAUGUGGAGGCGUUCUUGGAGAACAGCAAGGCGUAG